AAAAUACUACGCAAUAUUGUAAAUUCAGAAAUUAGCUUAGCCAAGCAAACCUAUUAUCAAAACAGCUUUAACCAAUAUACAGGCGAUUCAAGGAAGACCUGGCAGACUAUCAAUGAACUUACUUCACGUAAAUCUGGGAAAACAGCGAUAACAUCUCUGAAAGUAAAUGGAGUAACAAUAACCAAUCCAACUGAGCUUUCGAACGAAUUUAAUAAUCAUUUUGCUACUAUCGGUCCAAGACUUAGCCGUAAUAUUGAUUGUCCAGAUGGUAAUGUUUAUCAGAUGUACGUCACCAGUACAGACCGGUGUUUUCAGCUCCGUCCGAGCGCUGUU